AAAUUCCGCGGUGACCUAACGGCUCGCGGAGCGGCGGCCAGGAAGAACACAGUGGUCUUUGCGGGGGUUGGCUGCGCUCAGCCCCGCGUGGAGGAGGUCUGGGGCCUCGACGGCCGGCUGCUUGGAGCGUCCGCCAUGAGGAGAAGUGAGGUACUGGCAGAGGAGUCGAUAGUAUGUCUCCAGAAAGCUCUGAAUCACCUGCGGGAAAUCUGGGAAUUGAUUGGGAUUCCGGAGGACCAGCGGUUACAACGAACUGAGGUUGUGAAGAAGCACAUCAAGGACCUCCUGGAUAUGAUGAUUGCCGAAGAGGAAAGCCUGAAGGAAAGGCUCAUCAAAAGCAUUUCCAUCUGUCAAAAAGAGCUGAAUACGCUGUGUAGCGAGUUACAUGUCGAGCCAUUUCAGGAAGAAGGAGAGACGACCAUCUUGCAGCUAGAAAAGGAUUUGCGCACUCAGGUAGAACUGAUGCGAAAACAGAAAAAGGAGCGAAAACAGGAACUGAAACUACUUCAAGAACAAGAUCAAGAGCUGUGUGAAAUUCUCUGUAUGCCCCACUAUGACGUCGACAGCUCCUCGGUUCCCAGCUUAGAAGAGCUGAGCCAGUUCAGACAACACGUGGCCACGCUGCGGGAAACGAAGGCGUCUAGACGUGAAGAGUUCGUCAACAUAAAGAGACAGAUCGUCCUGUGUAUGGAGGAAUUAGAUCACACCCCAGACACGAGCUUUGAAAGGGAUGCGGUGUGUGAAGAUGAAGACGCCUUUUGUUUGUCUCUGGAGAAUAUUGCGACACUACAGAAGCUGCUUCGGCAGCUGGAAAUGCGAAAAUCACAAAACGAAGCAGUGUGUGAGGGUCUGCGAGCUCAGAUCCGAGAGCUCUGGGACAGGUUGCAGAUACCUGUGGAAGAGAGAGAAGCUGUGGCCACGGUUAUGACUGGGUCAAAGGCCAAGGUCAGGAAAGCGCUGCAGUUGGAAGUGGAUCGGUUGGAGGAACUGAAGAUGCAAAACAUGAAGAAAGUGAUUGAGGCAAUUCGAGUGGAGCUGGCUCAGUACUGGGACCAGUGUUUCUACAGCCAGGAGCAGAGACAGGCUUUUGCCCCUUACUACGCGGAGGACUACACGGAAAAUCUGCUCCAGCUGCACGAUGCUGAGAUCGUGCGCUUAAGAAACUACUAUGAGCUUCACAAGGAACUCUUCGAAGGCGUCCAGAAGUGGGAAGAAAGCUGGAGACUUUUCUUGGACUUUGAGAGAAAAGCUUCAGAUCCAAGUCGAUUUACAAACCGUGGAGGAAAUCUUCUAAAAGAAGAAAAGCAACGAGCCAAGCUUCAAAAAACACUCCCCAAGCUGGAAGAGGAGUUGAAGGCACGGAUAGAAACGUGGGAACGGGAGCACUCGAAGGCGUUUGUGGUGAACGGGCAGAAGUUCAUGGAGUACGUGUCGGAGCAGUGGGAGGCGCACCGCCUGGAGAAGGAGCGAGCCAAGCAGGAAAGACAACUCAAGAACAAGAAGCAGACAGAGACUGAGAUGCUGUACGGCAGUGCUCCACGCACCCCCAGCAAGCGGCGGGGACUGGCCCCCAACACGCCCGGCAAAGUGCGUAAGCUGAACACGACCGCCAUGUCCAAUGCUACAGCCAACAGCAGCAUUCGGCCUGUCUUUGGGGGGACAGUCUACCGUUCCCCCGUGUCUCGGCUUCCACCUUCUGGCAGCAAGCCGGUCAUCACUUCCACUUGUUCGGGGAAAAAAACCCCCCGUGCUGGGAGGCAUGGAGCCGACAAGGAGAACCUGGAGCUCAAUGGCAGCAUCCUGAGCGGUGGGUACCCUGCCUCGGCCCCCCUCCAGCGCAACUUCAGCAUUAAUUCCGUUGCCAGCACCUAUUCUGAGUUUGCGAAGGAUCCGCCCCUCUCUGACAGCUCCGCUGUUGGGCUUCAGCGAGAACUUUCAAAGGCUUCCAAAUCUGAUGCUGCUUCUCGAAUCCUCAAUUCGACCAACAUCCAGUCCUGAGAAGCCCUGAUCAGUCAGCCGCUGUAGCUUCCUGUGCCUAGACUAGACCUGAUUAUGUGGGGGGGGGCCUGGAUUUUUCUUGAGUUUAGGUUCCACUACCCUGGGCCUGACUGACAGAAGUGAUUGUUACAGAUGAAAACCCACCAGAGGGUUCAGUGGGUCUUCAAAAACUUGAUGUUGUUUUGACCCAAGAAAUACAUCCAAUCUUAGUUCAUAGCGGUAAGUGCAAAUUUUAGCAGAUGGAACCUAACUGCUUUCUCUGCCCCGUAAUUCUAUUGCUGAAGCCCGACCAAGGGCUUGUUGUGUUUUACCAUCGUGCCCAUCCUUGGGGCGUGGGGCACGAAGAACUACUGGCCUGUACCCUUAUAAUUAGAGAUGGACAUCUUGUUGGACAGGGAGACUGGGGCUCCUUUGUUAAAUGGUGUAGAAUUCUGUUAUAUGGUGCAAUGGCCUACGUGUGGAGACGUGUGUACGGACACGCAUGCUUACCUGA